AUGAGUUUCACGGAGGCAAAUCGCAACCGCUUCGAUAAGCUUGCUUCAGAGUACGACGCCAUACCAUGGCAAAAGAAAAUGAAUUCCAUGCUCACUCAGGCAAUCCGCGACCGCCUUGAUUGGCUUGAUGUGGAGUGGGCACAGCCUGGCAGCUCUGAUAAAGACGUCCGUCUUCUUGAUUAUGCUUGCGGCACUGGUCUGAUCUCUCGAGCUCUCGGUUCCCAUGUGACAACUAUUCGCGGCAUAGACCUAUCGCCAAACAUGGUUGAGAAGUUCAACACUAAUGCAAGUGCCGCUGGCCUUACUCCCUCUCAAAUGUCUGCGAUUGUUGGUGAUCUCACCAGCAGCGAGCCGGAUGGUCGUCUGUCCGACCAAUCCCUUUACGGCUUUGACAUAGCUGCUGUGGGUCUCGGAUUUCACCAUUUUGAAGACAUUCUACUAGCCACCAAACGCCUUGUUAAACGCUUGAGGCCCGGUGGUGUACUCUUCAUCAUCGAUCUUCUAGGCAAACCCCACGAAGAAGUCCCUAAAGAGCUGCAGGACAACGUCCGGGUUUUUGGUUUUGAUGAACCGGGAAUGCGAAGUCUGUUCGAAGAGGCAGGACUGGUGGAUUUUGGGCUCAGUGUCUUCCCUGAAAAGGCGGUCUUGGAGAUGAAGGAAACUGUUAUGAAGACGGUGUUCAUGGCAAAGGGGAGAAAGCCUAAUGCUUGA